GGUCCGGCGAGAGGAGCGGCCCGUCCGCAGGAGGCGGCGGGAGCGCCGGGUGCAGGCAAAGAAGGGCUGGGUCGGCCUUUCUGCAGCAGCGUGCCCGAGCGCCUCGGGCAGGGGCCGGGGGCAACAGAGCUUCUUAGCAUGACAGCAGGAGGACGGCAAAGGAGCGGCUGAAAGCGGUUAUCAUGUUGGGCUCUGGGUUCAAGGCUGAGCGCUUGCGAGUCAACCUGCGCCUUGUCAUCAAUCGCCUCAAACUGCUGGAGAAAAAGAAGACUGAGUUGGCCCAGAAGGCAAGGAAGGAGAUUGCAGAUUAUCUGGCAGCUGGAAAAGAUGAGCGUGCCAGGAUUCGUGUGGAGCACAUCAUCCGUGAAGAUUACCUUGUGGAGGCCAUGGAGAUCCUGGAGCUGUACUGCGAUCUGCUGCUAGCCCGCUUUGGCUUGAUUCAGUCCAUGAAGGAGCUGGACUCUGGCCUGGCAGAAGCAGUGUCUACGCUGAUUUGGGCUGCACCGCGACUCCAGUCAGAAGUGGCCGAGUUGAAGAUUGUUGCUGACCAGUUGUGUGCCAAGUACAGCAAGGAGUAUGGGAAGCUGUGCCGGACAAACCAGAUUGGGACAGUCAAUGACAGGCUGAUGCACAAGCUGAGCGUGGAGGCGCCACCCAAGAUUUUGGUGGAGAGAUAUCUCAUUGAGAUUGCCAAGAACUACAAUGUGCCCUAUGAGCCUGACUCGGUGGUGAUGGCUGAAGCCCCUGCAGGUGGAGAGGCAGAUCUGAUUGAUGUGGGAUUCACAGACGAUGUGAAGAAGGGUGGCCCUGGAGGAGGAGGAGGUGGUGGAUUUACAGCCCCACUGGUUGGUCACGAUGGAAUAGUACCCAUGCCAGUGAUGAUGCCUAUGCCCAUGCCAACACCAAAUCCGCCUUUCUCCUAUCCACCUCCAAAGGGACCGGAUAACUUCAAUGGCCUACCGGUGGGAACCUACCAGCCUUUCACUAACAUCCAUCCACCACCAAUUCCGGCAAACCCACCAACAUAUGAGUCUAUUGAUGAGCCGAAUGCUGACAAGGAUGCUUCUGCACCGGUGGCUGGGCCCGGGCCCAAGUCAGAGCCUUCUCCUAAACCAAGGGCUGGAGCUCCUACCACCUUUGACAACUUCGUGCUGCCUGAAUUACCGUCUGUGCCAGAUACGCUGCCAACAGCUUCUGCCGGCGCCAACUCUUCUGCCUCCGAAGACAUUGACUUUGACGAUCUUUCUCGGAGAUUUGAGGAGCUAAAGAAGAAAACAUAAAACCGACUGGGCCGUAGCUCCACGGCGGGGGCAGGAGCCCCUCGGGAACAGACUCCCUUUGAAAUCGGUUUCCUGUAUUUAA